AUGUCAUUUCAUUUACUCAAACUUUCGCGUGACUUUAACAAAAUUUUUGAGACUAAAGCUUUUUAUGAUGUUAUUAUUCGUGUAGGACUUAAAGGAAGUAAUGAUGCUAAAGAAUUUCAAGCGCAUUCACUUAUCCUUCGGGCUAGAGUACCUUAUUUCCAUCAAUAUUUACAAAGUGACCAGGCAAAGCAAGAAUAUGAUAAAAUCGUCAUCACCGAUCACAAUAUUUCUCCUGCAAUUUUUGAAAUCAUUCUCAAAUACAUAUACACAGGUAAACUUGAAUUCAUGAAUUGUGAUGGAAGGCAAGCAUUUGAUUUGCUCUUUGCUGCAGAUAAUCUUGGACUUGAAGAAGCAUUGGCUCAAAUUCAAGAUUAUUUGAUUAAUCAACAAAGAGUAUGGAUGGAUAAAAAUUUCUAUUCACUUCAUAGAUUAAUAUAUAGUAGAAAAUCUCUUAAUAUCAUACAAAAUCAUUAUACGACAAGAAUAGCAUCCAAUCCUUCAUCAGUAUUUGAAGUACCAGAUAGUUUUAACUCACUUAUUUUAUCAUCGCUUGAUGAACUUGGAUGUCUAAAAUUAAACGAAACCAUUUGGGGAUUUAUCGUUAAUUGGGCAAAAUUACAAAAUCCAGGACUAACUAAUCAUGUUACAAAUUGGAGGAAAGUUGAUUGGGAAGAAUUUAAAGAAUCUUUAAUCCCGUGUAUUCCGUGGAAAAGCAUCAUGAAUUUAAAUUGGGAUGAAUUUCAUGAUCUUUUAAUUCCAUGUGAACCAUUCCUACCAGCUGAAAAGUUUAAUACACUUCAAAAGACCGUAGUAGUAUUUAAAAUGAUGGAGGCCGUUUAUGGUGGUUAUAAUCCAUUAGAUUGGAAAUUUGAUCACUCAACUUCUGAUAGUUUUAUAUUUAAUUUUGAUCACGAUCAAGUUGAUCUUAAAAGACUUAAUAGGUUUGCUAUUCACAAGAAAUCCGGUUAUGGUCCUUGUUUCGGUACUGAAGAUUUACUAGCCUUUCCUCACGGUAAACGUUCAAUAUUAUGGAUGUCUAAGGAUAUUUCAAAAUCUUUACCUAUUAUAGAUUAUGAAGUUUAUCAAAUUUUGGAGAAGCCAAAAAGAGCUAAUUUGGCUGCUUCCACUGCUUCCUCCUUGAAUUAUAAUGGUUACACUCAUAAAAAAAGAUGA